AUGUACGUGGCGCCGCGAUGCCGCUCCUUGCACCCAGAAGACGCGCCUAACGCCCCAAAUUGCUCGUGUGCAGGGCCGCCAAAGUCACGUUCAAGGUCACGCUCACGUCGGACCCCAAGCUGCCGUACCGAGUGUGAUGUGAACGUCCCGGAGCAGGCCCCGUUCACGGCCGUGCUCAAGUACGUCGCUGAGGAGUUCCACGUGCCGGCGAACACCAGCGCCAUCAUCACCAACGAUGGCAUCGGCAUCAACCCGUCGCAAAGCGCUGGCAACGUGUUCCUGAAGCACGGCUCGGACCUGCGUCUGAUCCCGCGCGACCGCGUCGGAAGCGCUUAGGUCGCACUGAAAAUCUGCUCUGCAUAGCUGCAUCUACGACAAGAGAGAGAGAAUUGAAGUGAGUUGUGUAUGCU